AUGGAUUACCGUAGCAGUAAGAGGUCUAGUAUCUCUUUUGGGAGCUAUCAACGGCAGUUGAAUCCGCUAGAAGGGGUUGGUGGGUUUUACCAGCGACAGCAGCAGCAGCAGCAGCAACAGCAACAACAGGUUGGAAAUUUAGGUGGUUUGGGGAGUCUUGGACUUGGAGGGUCGAGCAACUAUACUUUGGACAAGCUGAAGACGGUUACGGCGUGCCAGUAUGAAUGUAGUGCGCCGUUAUUUUCUGUUGCGUGGAAUUACAACGACCAGGUUGCUUUGGGGACGUACAAGGAGGAUUCGUACAACCGGAUUGAGAUUAUCAAUGCGAGCAGCGAUUAUUCGACGUGGGAGUGUGCACAUGUGGCGAAUGUUGUUUAUCCGGUGUCGAGGAUCCAGUGGAUGCCUCAGAAUAACGCGAGACUAGCGACUUGUUCGGAUUCGUUGCGGAUUUGGUCGUUGGAUGGGAGUUUGCAAGAGCAGAUCAAUCUUUCGCUGUACAAGUACGGGAAGCAUCCUAGUUCUGCUUCGCAGAAAGAUACUGCGACGUUGGGCCAGCUUCCGCCGGUGACGUCGUUCCACUGGAGUCCGAUCUCGCCGAAUCUCUUGCUUUCGUGCAGCAUUGACACGACGUGCACGGUGUGGGAUCUCUCGAACUCGACGAAUUACAUCAAGACGCAGCUAAUUGCGCACGACAGCGAGGUGUUUGACGUGAAGUUUUUGGCGCAGUCGACGCAAUUGUUUGCGAGCUGCGGCAGCGACGGUUCUGUGCGGGUGUUCGACUUGCGGUCCUUGGCCCACAGCACGAUUGUGUACGAACACGGCAGCGAGCAGAGCCGUGCCCCCAGCGCCAACAACAAGAACACCACACUCAGGGUCAGUUCAAACGCUAACGCUGCCAAUAACAACAACAACACCACCAAUUCUAAUGCCAAUGCUAAUCAUAAUGCUAACCAUAAUAAUAAUAAUAAUGCCACUAAUAAUAAUAAUAAUGCUAAUAAUAACGACACCUCCACGUCGGGCGAGCCCGACGACACGCUCACGUCCUCGCAGCUCGACCAGACCGACAUGGACCAGGGCUCGUGCGCACUCGUGCGCCUCGAGCCCAACCCGUUCGACCCAAACGUCAUCGUCACCGUGCCCCAGGACAGCAACGCCAUCAUCGUCCUCGACAUGCGCUACCCGGGCACCCCAUUGCUCACUCUCGAGGGCCACAUCGGCCCGGUAAACCAAGUCCAGUGGCACCCCAAGAGACCGGGCGUGCUCGCAUCCUGCGGCGACGACUGCCAGGUCUUGUACUGGGACAUCAACUCUCUGCUGGGCCAGUCGGCGACCUCGUCCACUCGCUGGGCCAACUCGAACGUCGUGCAUUCCGUCGACACGCCCCAAAUGGCGUACACCACCGAGACCGAGGCGAACAACAUCGUGUUCAACGCCCAGGGCUCCCACGUCGGCGUGGUCCACGGCAAGACCUUCACUGCCGUGGGCCUGCCAUAG